AUGAUGAAGUAUUUUAAUCUAAUAAACGUGACUUAUUUGUGGACGUUGUGUUAUUCCAUCAUUGAACACCCUCACAACACCAUGAACGCGUUCGUUUCCAUUUUCAGCGUAUUACUUCUCUACCACUUUUUCGGUCGUCAACCUCCGCUUCGUGUAACAUUUGAACGACUUCAACAGCUUUCCGGGGCAGAUGUGGCCAACUUUACCGGUUUGCGGCUUUACGGAACCAACGAUUCCACCCAGUUUUUGAACGGAUCGUGGCAGCUUCUUCAAGAUCUGGACAACAAUUGGAUACACCUGGUUCGAUUAUGGUACCAAUCGCCGACAACGGCUACCGAUGGAACAUUCUAUCCGGUUCAGAUGGCUGAUCGGUCGAUACGGGUGUGCGACUACCUGAACAGUGAGCUUUAUCGCUCGUGGUGGGCACGUAAUCGUUAUGCAGUGAAUUAUCCGGAACCACAACCCGGACGUUGGAUCUGUCCGUUUGCCACGGGGACAUACCAUGCACGUUGGAUUGUUCUUGAAAAGGGAAUUCUGCCGUGGGUUACCAAGAUAGGACUGUACCGAAUGGAGUUCUGUUUGGCUAAUAAUGGAAUAGUUCGGAUGGUGCAUGCGCUGUAUGUUAGGGUGCAUCCAUAGAGCAGUAUGACUGAUUAAAGUGGCUAAGAAAAUGUUUUGAACCGUAUGAAUUUUAUUUCCUUUCAAUGAAUUUAGAGUACAUCACAAGCAUAUUAAAAUAGAUGUGUUCUGUUCAGAACGUUGCGCUGACAUGUCAAAUAUUUGGUUAUAUGUAUCCCUUUAUCUUCUUAAAUCGACCAGGUCUUCCUUCAUGCAAUGGUGAUUUUCUUCUCCACCAUCAUUUACAAGUGCUCGAAGAUAUCUCAUAAAGCACUUCACCUACAUCCACCGAGUGAUUGAGGA